AUGUUGCAAGCCGAGCUUCCUCUUGCUAUUGUGGAAAACAAACCGGAUUACAAGGCAGUGAAGCAGAAAGCAGAAGAUUGGGAUGAUGUUCAAGUCUGUUCAAUUUCUGAGAUCUUGGUGGCUGUUGAGCGAAAGGAUAAAGAUGAUCUACCUGAUGUGACCUUGGCCACUAAGAAGUUGUGCCCUGAUGCAAUCAAGCUGGAGAAUCUAAACUGA